AUGUCUUUCUGCGUUCGGGGAGCAAAAGAGCUCAGGGGCUCAGCGCAUCGAAUCUCGUUUAUAUUAAGAAGAGCUUUUUGUCCACAAAAAGCACCGAAUCUAUGA